AUGACUUUUCAUACAAGCCUCGUAGUCCUAUGCCUGACACCCUACCCAAGCAUCGAGAACGCGGAGGAAGCCUUCGAGGGGGGGACUGGCGAGAAUCCAAUUCAACCUGGUGGCAAGGUUACUUUCACCUGCAAGCAUCCGCGAGGGUUCUCCGACGGAUCCAAGACACACGAGGCCGCUUGUUCCCUCGCAGAACCUGAUGCUUGGUGCACGACGUUUGUGAAAGAAGAAACGGCUCUCCUUUGUCCACCUCCACGUAAGCACGUUUCAAAGACAAAGCGUGAGAAGGAGGAAGUUGGUAAGGUGAUGUAUCCAGACUGCCUCCUGACAGUGAAGGGGAAAGAAUACAUGGGGAGAGUGAAUGUGACAGAGACAGGGAAAUCAUGCCUGAGAUGGGAUGCUCCCGAACUGAGAAAAAUCUAUGAUGCGGAUCCUAUAUACAAGUUCGAUGCAUAUCCGGGACUCUUGUAUGAAGAGUUUUUCUUAAACUUGAACCCAGCUUCACAUGAGAACUUCUGCAGAAAUCCAACAACGAAGGACAGACCCUGGUGUUUUGUCGAUGAUGAUGGCGAAAUCCAUUCCGAGUAUUGUCGGAUUCCCCUCUGUGAUGACAAACGUGCACCUGAGUGCAAGCUGACUCAGAAGGGAGGGGAAUACAUGGGAGUGAAGAACAUAACUAUUUCCGGCUUCCCAUGCAAUUCGUGGCUGGAUCCGAAAAACCAGGAGUAUGAGAGAAUCCAGGAAAACAAGCGCUUGACAUUUUCGGAUCCCCUCACCACCACCCACAACUACUGUCGGAACCCAAAUGGGAGUCCAGGUGGUCCCUGGUGCAGCAUCAAGGACACAGGAGGGUCCGGCAUGCAAUAUGAAUAUUGCGAUGUGCCUUUCUGUGCCCUGGAAGCUGUAGAGAGAGAGUAUGGAGAUGAAGCUCCACGCAUGUACCCAGAAUGUCGAAUGACGGAAAUGGGCAAAGAAUACAUAGGUUCCGAGAACCAAACGGAAUCGGGGAGGAAUUGCCUCUUCUGGAGAGAAUUUCGCAAGAUCGAUUUGAAUUUCAUCUCCUCCCAUCUCUCCAUCGAGGACCGCUACACUGGAUCCUCGGAGCUUACCAAGAUCUUUCGUCAUGUAUUGGAAAUGCAGGAUGGAAACUUUUGUCGGAAUCUGGCGUUGAAAGAGCGGCCCUGGUGCUUCGUGUCCUACGAUUUCAGCUGGGAGUAUUGCAACAUCCCACUCUGUCGCGGUUCCAGAGUGCCCCUGGAAUGCAAGAUCACGCACGAUGGGACUGAGUACGCGGGGUCAAUCAACGUGACGGCGGAAGGGGAGAAGUGCAUACCCUGGUUGGCCAUGACCCCCAACAGGAAUUCCGCUUUGCAAUACCUGCUGUGGUUUCCCGAUUUUGGAUUGGAUAGUCGCCAUAACUACUGUCGGAACAUACACAAGAUUUAUGAUGGACCUUGGUGCAAAACCAAGCAAAACAUGAUCAGCAGUUGCAAAAUUCCUUUUUGUUCAGAAGAGGACAAGAAACCUACUUCGGAAGAAAAAUCGGCAACGGGAAAUCUGGAAUGCCGACAGACCGAAACCGGGACGGAAUACGUGGGGACGAUGAGAAAGACUGAAACCAGAAAGAACUGUCUCCGGUGGGAUUCCCAACCCUAUGGAAAGCUGGAUGACUUCAACCCAGCUCUAACUUAUGAGGAACACUUCCAACGGAACGAUCCCUCGACGGAAGAGAACUUCUGCAGGAACCCGACAUCCAAGGAACGACCCUGGUGCUUCGUCGACGAUGCAGAGAAGAAAUGGGAAUUCUGCGACAUCCCCCUCUGCUCCAAUCACCCCUAAUGACCUGAUCGCGACUCAAACACUCCGU